GAACGUCGUCCACUCGAUAUUGUUCAGGUCAGUUGAAGCCAUCGAUAGAAGCGUGCUCGGAGGAUACAUUGUGAUAUAGCGAGUUUUGAUUGUUAUUUAGUGAAAUGGCAGCAAUCAGUUUGUUGAAUCCUAAAGCUGAAUUUGCUAGAGCUGCCCAAGCAUUGGCUGUUAAUAUAUCAGCUGCGAAGGGAAUUCAAGAUGUAAUGAGAACGAAUCUCGGGCCGAAGGGUACCAUGAAGAUGUUGGUGUCUGGAGCAGGUGAUAUUAAAAUCACCAAGGAUGGAAAUGUAUUGCUGCAUGAAAUGCAAAUACAACAUCCGACGGCGUCUCUGAUUGCCAGAGCAUCCACUGCUCAGGAUGAUGUUACUGGGGAUGGUACAACUAGCACAGUAUUAGUCAUUGGGGAACUUUUGAAGCAGGCUGAUAUAUAUAUAUCUGAGGGCCUCCAUCCCAGAAUGCUCACCGAAGGUUUCGAGUUAGCUAGAAUCAAGACUUUGGAAGUACUGGAUUCAUUGAAAAUCCUAAUCGAGCCAACAAAGGAAAAUCUAAUAAACAUUGCUAGAACAUCACUCAGAACUAAGGUUCAUCCCACCGUAGCGGACAAGCUAACAGAGAUCUGCGUAGACGCAGUUUUAACCAUUAUGCAAAAGGAUCAGGAGAUCGAUCUGCACAUGAUCGAGUUAAUGGAAAUGCAGCACAGAACCGCGGCUGACACAAACUUAAUUCGUGGUAUUGUAACCGACCAUGGAUCCAGACAUCCAGAUAUGCCUAAGAGAGUAGAGAAUGCUUACAUAUUGACUUGCAAUGUUAGCUUGGAAUAUGAGAAGAGCGAGGUAAAUAGCGGAUUCUUUUACAAAACUGCCGAGGAACGUGAGAAAUUGGUAGCUGCAGAACGUGAGUUCAUCGACAACCGGGUAAAGAAAAUAAUUGAGCUGAAGAAGAAAUUGUGUGACGGAACGGACAAAUCAUUUGUCGUGAUAAAUCAGAAGGGAAUUGAUCCACCGUCGUUGGAUAUGCUCGCUCGGGAGAACAUUUUGGCUUUGCGUAGAGCGAAACGUAGAAACAUGGAACGCUUAGCGCUGGCUUGCGGUGGAACAGCUAUGAAUUCCUUUGACGAUUUGAAGGAGGAACACUUGGGAUGGGCUGGACUUGUUUACGAACACGUAUUGGGGGAGACAAAAUACACGUUCAUUGAAGAAUGCAAAAAACCGAAUUCCGUGACGAUUCUAUUGAAGGGCCCAAAUAAAUAUACCUUAGAACAAUUGAAAGACGCUGUAAGAGAUGGCCUAAGAGCCAUUAAAAAUGCUAUUGAUGAUGGCGCAAUUAUUCCCGGUGCUGGUGCUUUCGAAGUAGCUGCUAGUCAAGCACUGCAUUUAUACAAAGAGAAAGUAAAAGGAAAACAACGCUUGGGCGUACAAGCUUAUGCAGAAGCUUUACUCGUCAUUCCGAAAACUCUCGCUGUAAAUAGUGGAUUCGAUGCACAAGAUACAAUUGUUAAGUUGUUAGAAGAAAGAUCUACGUUAGGCGAGGCAGUUGGAUUAGACAUUUCUACUGGUGAAGCGUUGAAACCCACAGAUGCUGGUAUAUAUGAUAAUUACAAUGUGAAGAAACAAAUUAUUAAUUCGUGCACAAUCAUCGCUAGUAAUCUUCUUUUGGUUGAUGAAAUUAUGAGAGCAGGAUUAUCGUCUCUAAAAGGUUAAAUCAUAUACAAAACGAGAACGCUUUAUGAUUUUAUGGUUCUUUUAUCUAACUUAAAUGUUAUAUUUGUAUGAUCUCUAUGCAUAAUUUCUAUGUUUUUAUAUGCUUCUAAGUAACAAGAGAAUUGCACAGCGUAACAAAUAAAAUGCUACUUUUAAAUUAAAACAUUUGAAAACGAUAAAAAUAUUAUGUUCUUUAUGAAUUUUCCAUCACUGAUUGGCAUACACACAUUGCGAAAUGAUCAUCUCAAAUAUAUGUAACUUUGUACAAUCAAUGAUUUAAAUAAAAGAAAAAAAAUAAAAUGAAA